UUUUUUUUUUCUCUCCUUCAGACGAAGUGACUCGCUCAGCGCUGGUAUUUCACGAAAGGGAUAUUGCCAAGCAUUUGUCAGAAACGCUGCAAUUUCGUCGUGAGAGUUAUUUCAAAUAAGGUGGGGGGUGAUUUUACUUCGAGGUGGCCAACCCGCAGAGCCUUAAAAAUAUUCAUCACUGAACUCUAGCACCCGAAGUAAGGGGUGCCUGCACUUAAAUACGAGUAGCUGCUUCGCUUUUGGGGGUGGGGAAACGGAGAGACUUAAACAGCCACUCACAGACAACACAGUAGUGAAAUAUUCCCGAACACUUAAACUGUCAAUCAGGAUUAAUGGUCUAUAAAAACUCCCAUCAGAUCCAAGUCUUCCAGACACUGAGGGAAUGGAAAAGGACUACUGAGUAGCAACCUAGUGAGUGGUGAUAAUGUCUUCAGGAUAAACACCCUGCACCCGGCAUCGCUUUCAGCCACAGCUGAGCUCCUACGCAGCGCGAAUACCAGGGACGUUCGCUAUUUUUGCAUAUUAUUUUAAAAUAACAUAUAUGACCAGUAUAUUGACGGUCGGUUUUUAAUUGCUUGAGAUUGUGGGCACACAUGCUUAAACGAAAGGCGAUAGCCUACGUUGGUGCGUAACCAAAGUGACACCGGGCAGCCGAGUUUGCCUUAACUUGACACGGGGCAAAGUUUAUGUCACUCGCUGAGUUUGGAAGCGACUCUCAAGCGCAGCAAUGGAUUUCUCGCGGCUGCUCCAAUGAGUUCGAUUCUGAAGAUAAAAUCGAUUUUUUUAAGGCUUUAACAUCGCUUGAAAACUAAACUUCGCGGCUUUGUGAUGAAAUCCCUUCUGUGCCAUUUAAAAUAAUAGAAGACGCAAGCGCCUGUGCACGGGGGAGAGCGAGUUUUAUAGCCAGCAGCUGCCUCGUUUAAACUUGCUGAAAUCGGGGCUCCUUUCCGUUUAUUUUUAUUUUUUUGAGGAGCUCCCCAUCUUCUCCCCGACCUCACUGUUUACCCGCGACCGAAAGGGGGGGGAAAAUGGAUUGGAAGGCUUUGGGAUCCGCAAUACUCUUCCCAAUCCAGAUGGUGUACUUUAUAAUAAAGGCAAGCCUGUCUGUGAUCCUGCCGACCAGACUCAGAGAUCUGAGCGGAGAGGUGGUGCUGAUCACCGGCGGGGGACGAGGCAUCGGCCGUCACCUGGCUAAGGAGUUUGCGAAGCAGGGGGCCAAGAAGGUGAUCCUGUGGGGCCGUACGGAGAAAUGCCUGAAGGAAACGAGUGAGGAGAUUGCGCUCCUGGGAAAAGAGUGCCACUACUUCGUGUGUGAUGUGGGCAACAGGGAAGAGGUGUACAAGCAGGCCAAGGUGGUGCGAGAAAAAGUGGGCGAUGUUACCAUUCUUGUGAACAAUGCUGCUGUGGUUCAUGGGAAACGCCUCAUAGACAGUGAUGACGAUGCCCUGCUGAAAACACAGCACAUCAACACACUGGGACAGUUCUGGACGGCCAAGGCGUUCCUGCCGCGGAUGCUGGAGCUGCAGAACGGCCACGUGGUGUGCAUUAACUCGGUCCUGUCGCUCUCCUCCAUCCCUGGGGCCAUCGACUACUGCACUUCUAAGGCCUCCUCCUUCGCCUUCAUGGAGAGCUUAAUGCUGGGGCUGCUGGACUGUCCAGGGGUCAGCACGACCACUGUGCUGCCUUUCCACACCAACACCGAGAUGUUCCAGGGCAUGAGAGUCAGAUUCCCAAAUCUGUUCCCUCCUCUAAAGCCAGAGACUGUGGCCAGGCGCACUGUGGAGGCUGUCAGGACAAACACUGCCAUUCUCUAUCUGCCCUGGACGAUGCACGCCCUUGUCAUACUCAAAAGCUUUAUUCCACAGCAAGCACUUGAAGAAAUUCACAGGUUCUCAGGCAGCUACACCUGCAUGAACACUUUCAAAGGCCGGACAUAGGAGGUAGAAAAAGCCAAGAAUUGGAACAAUGUGAAGACAUUAACAUACGGAAAUCCACUCUUAAUGGACAAGGAAACGUUGGGCACCUUGAUUACUGUUAAAGUGAAAAGCUCAAGAUGGUGGACAAUGAGAAAAAUCUGGACUUGCAGAGGCUUUUCUCUGGAAUGGCUACGUGUCCUGAGGCAGUAUCUGUAUGCUUGGUGACAAUUAUCUUUAGAUGCUACUACAGGUCAAUGUCUUUUUUAAAAAAAAAUACCUGAUUGAUUUUAUUUUCUGGACUUUACCCCCAGAAAAGACCCUCAAUGUUUUUCCAGGCACUGUUGAAGUUUUUGGGUUGUGGAACCAGUGACUGAACAUGGAAUUAAUAUAGAAACUGAAAAGCAGGCAUCUAUGCUGACUUUGUGCUAACAAGAACUCUGCCCACUCAGAAAUCAGUGGGUUGUAUACAUGGACUGUUUUUUUUUAAAGUAGAUUUGUGCUUUUUGUUUUAAUUUGCUUUCUGAUUUAUUGCAGGGCAGCCCUGUAAAGCACAUUGUUUAAAUUUGCUCAUUUUGUUUUUAAUUAGGUAAGCUCAACAUGUGUUGUAUGUCUAAAUUAAAUAAUAAAAAAGUUUUUAAAAAGUUGAA